CAGUUUUUUCUUAUUUUCAUUGGUUUUUCUAUCUUAAUUUGUGUACAGUAGUUUUCACUUAGAAGUAGAGUUGAUCUUAACGAAUUUGACCUUCACUUACUACGAGCCGGUAACUUUCGUAUCCUACACGAUUUGGGCUUAUUUAAACUGCUACUAAUAAUUCAUCGUGACGAGCGUGUUCGAUCGAAUAAUUUCAUCGUUUAUUUUGAGCCAUGGGCAUACAAGAUCUUCAAACGUUUUUAGAAAACGAGGGGGUCGGCGUUGACUUGUUUCGAAUUGCUAGAAACCAUGCCGGCGGGUUCCGCUUGGUUCUUGACGCGGAAGGAUGUUUAGAUCGACUUUAUGGAGGAUACUUCUCAGAUUGGGCAUGUGGUGGUCAGUGGGCACGUUGUGUCCAGUUUCUGACCACACUUGCACAGGCUCUUGCUGAACACCAAGUUGCUUUAUGUGUAUGUUUCAAUGGAGCACAUCCAACCCCACCAGCAUUGCCACACCAUUGGAUUCAAACUCAGGCUACAUAUCGACAGAGGGUCAAUUCUGUCCUACGUCACAUUGUUACGAAAGGAACCCCCCCUCCAAAGGUUUGGUGGGUACCACCAAUGGGGUUGCAUUCCUGUUUGAGAACUGCACUGAGAUACCUUAAUAUUCCCGUUAUGGUGUCUUCUGAUGAUCAUUGCCAGGAAGUUGUUGGUCUGUGUCGUGAGAAAACAUAUGCAGGACUCGUGGGUUGCUCAGGAGAAUACUUAGUUUUCCAACCACCCCGAUACUUCAGUUCAUCACAGCUUAAACUGACAUACAGGUCAUCAUUAGAAACCAAGGAGUAUAUGGUGCAUGAGUUGCCACAAGUAUUAGAAGUGCCGCAGGAUCGGCUUUGUCUGAUGGCUGCUCUGCUUGGUGGGACCAUCCUUUCUGAACAAAGUCUCACAGAUUUUUAUAAGCGCCUGGGUAUUACUCCUAAGAAGCAAGUUCCCCCUGAAACCCUUGUCAAAGCUGUGUGCCAAUAUGUACGGGAAUUGCCUUCGUCUGAUGUUGAUUCUGCAUGUAUUGACGUUUUUGGUGACCUUAACGAUCUCCGAGCUGCCAAAUUGAAACAAGCUGUACAAUAUUACUUGAAUGGUACUAAAGAUGGAUUCUUAAAAUAUAGAACUGCUUCUGGUCGUCGUCCUAAGAAUAACAAAAAAAAUCAGAAGCCUGAUUUAAGCCCACAGGCUACUUCUGCAGAUUUAGAUACUUCAAAGCUGGCUGCUGAGUCAUCUGAACAUGAGCAAAAAGGCUUGGAAGACUACAAAUUGGCUACAGCAAAUGCGUCAAUUAACGCCGACUUUAGCAUGGAAGAAAGGGCCGUUGAGGUACAACAUGGAGUUGCAGCCAUGUCGCUCGACUCAGGGGACGCCGGACCAGCCAAGCAGCAAUCUUUCACUACAGCUGAUAAAAAUGAAAAACCGCAAAUCACUGUAAAAGAGGCUCGCCCUAACAUAAAGCCAGUACAAAGCGAGGACAAUUGUCCACCAGCUCCAGCUGAAGUCCUGCGUACAUGCGCCGAGCGACACGCGCGUGGCCUCAUGCAUCCUCAUAUGUUGUCGAUCUUAACACACCGUCAAGUAACUCUACCUGUCCUUAUGGAAGAUGACAAUCAUCGCGAAAUACCCUCUAUACAUCAUUUCUUUAGGUCGAUUAGACAGAAUGUUUAUGCCAUUUUGUAUAACAUGCAUCAUCAUCGAUUUAUGGCGCAGAAAGCGAAAGAGGAAGGCGCUACAAGUACUUCUACGAGUGCAGAUCGUCCAUGCACCGUUCAAAUAGCAGAAUGGAUAUAUUCCCGCGUUAAUCCUGGCAAGAGCCCGGAAAUCGUGCCGGGAGUCGUACUUGAUUGGCCUGUACCUACUGUGCAAAGGCUUUGGUUCGGAACUGCCCAGGACGACAAGUGUCGCCGUAUGAGAGCAUUCCUUUCUUGCAUGCGUUCAGAUACUCCAUUGAUGCUUAACACAUCAUACGUUCCGCAACAUUUGCUUAUUUUAGCUACGGUGUUAAGAUUUAUCAUGACAUCUCAAAUUCAGAUUUUGAGGCGACAGGAGUUAGACGCCUUUUUGGCUACAGCUUUCUCAAACGAUCUCAUGAAUGCACUUCAUUUGCAAGAAAUGACCGUUAACGGUAUAAACUCUCGCGGUGUGCAAUUGGGUGCAUUGGUAAUGGCGGGCGCGGAGGCGGCGCUGCUGGCCAACGACGCUUGCGGCGCGCCCGUGCCCUGGCUCGUGGCCGCGCCCUGGCUGUUCUUCGACGGCAAGCUGCUGCAGCGGAACCUGCAUCGCGCCAACCACUGCAAGCACCUCGCCCAGCUCUGCGAUAACCACCUCGACACGGUGGUCAAGGUGGAGCGCAUGCGCAAGGCCAUCCUGGAGGGGCUGGAGGUGGAGUUCGCCAUGCCGCCGCUGCCGCUGGUGGCGGGCGUGGUGGGCGGCGGGCUGGGCGCGGGGCUGGGCGCGCUGGGCGGCUGGGCGCGGGGCCGCGGCCGCGGGGCCCGCCUCGAGAUAGCCGGCGUCGUGGUGGGCCAGUGGGGCGGCGGCAGCUACCCCACGCGCACGCCGCGCUACCCGCAAGUGAGCUACGUGGGCUACACGCCGCCGCCGCGCAACGCGUACGGCGGGCGCGGCUGGCGUGGGGCCCGCGGGGGGCGCGGUCGCGGCCGCGCGCGGGGCUCGGGCCCCGGGGGCGCGCGGCUGGCGGGGCCCGGGGGCGCGCCCGGCGCCCCUCGCACUCGCCGCUCGCGCCGCGACCAGGACGAACCCGCCAAACCUACUACGCUCACCGUUAACGGUAAGACUGUAAGACCAGAUGAAAUGGGCCAGCAAGAGGAAGGCAGCCCGCAUGAAGACAUUCUAGUCACCGAAACCGACGCUGAUGGUAACCAACCUCAAAAAUUGAAGACUGCUAAAAAUGCUAAGAAGAAUAUGGGGAAAGGAAAGAAAAAGAGCUCUAGCCAGAAGUCUGAUCUCGCUCAACCACUGGAGGCUAAUGGCCCGCUCGAUAAGAAUAAGGUGGCGGAGCAAUGCCACAAUUCUGAAAAGGAACACAUUGGUCAAGGUGAUGCACCAGUAUCAAACUAAAAGUAUUUAUACCAAAAGGUAACUGCGUUAUUGUUUUAUUUUUAUUUAGUAUUGAUUUGAAAUCAACUUAGUUUAGUAUUUUCGUGGCUUGUUUUUGUAUUGUAGUCCAGUAAAGUUUUAUAACAUUUGUGAAAAAAGCUUGCUAUUAAUAUAGCUCAGUUUUACAGAAAAAAAUGCUAAUAACAUUUUGCAAUAUCUUACGGUUUCAAACCGAUCGAUCGAUAAAUAAUAUAAUACACAAUCAAAAUAUUUGUGUUUAAACACUUAACUUGGGAAAUAUCAACGGAAUGUGAUUAUUUUAGCACGUAUUUGUGAGGUUGCAUAAUAAUAUAUUCCUAAGCAAAAUAAUAACCAAAUCUAUUUUAGAGAUUUUGUUAUAGCUUGGAUGGUGAGUAUCCACCUGUUAUAAAGUAUACGUGCCUGAAGAUCUUAAAAGACUUCCCUAUUUUGAGACUGAUUUUGUAUUACUUUAAUUGACACGAUAUGUGUGCAAUUAAUAAUAUUAUUAAAGACAAGUGACAUUAUAUUGAGGCACAUUUUAUGCCACAAUUAACCCUAAUAAGACAAAUAUGGCUCUGGUUAUUUUGUAUUGUAUAUGAGACCAAUAAUACUGAUGUAAACUGAAAGACAAGAUCUAUAUUUCUAAAGAAAAAGUGACCAAAGGGAAUUAGGUUCUAUUAUUCGAGGUAGAAAAGUAUCUCUUAGAAUAAAUAAUUAGGACCGGGAAGUACCCACUAUUUGACAAGUGAUAUUUAAAGUAUAAUUAUAUAUUACAAAAUUGACCUGUUGAUUGUUAAGUCAUGUUUUAUUGAGAAGUGAGAUGACUUAGUAUGUAAUAUGUUUUAUUUUAAGCAUAUAAAAGUACUGAGUCAAUUUUAUUUAUUAACACAUAGUAUAUUUACAAUUUACCAAAAUCAUUAUUUUUUACUUUUAGGAUGGUUUGGUCUAUGAAAUCCAUGUUUUAACAUUAAAACUAUGAUGUCAAGCAUGAAAUUUCAUUUUAUAUGCUAUGUUACUAGGUUAAUUGUUUUAAAAAAUUACUAUAUAAAUUCCCUGUUUGAUUACAUAGACUAAACCAAUAUGUUUUCAGACUUGUUUUUGGGAUUUCUUGAGUCAUUAUUUAGGCGUAAUUGAUGUGUGUGUGAGUGUGGUUUUAAAAAAUAAAACAUGUCUGAAUAACCUUUAUAUCGCAAGAUCUCUACAAAUGAUGUGAGGGUACAACAGGCAAUAUUAUUGUGGGUACUAUGAUUACAAAAUGUAUGUUGUUGAUGUUCCAAUAAAGAGCUAAACUCAAAUGGAACAAUAAAAGUUAGUAUAAAAGUGCAUUUAUUGAAUGAUUCUUGGUGCUUAGAAAUCUGUGGGACUGCCUGAAACGAGUCUGAAACUCAUAGAUUUAAGUCUAACGAUAAACGUUUAUCGAAACUGAAUGAGCAUUCGCAUUUUGAUUUUCUUCGUAAUAUAGGGUAUUAUUUCGAUAGGAAAUCGUAGAUUUGUUAUUAGUGAUAUAUUUAUAUGCAUUUUUGGGAAUUUCAAAAUUGCGAAUGUUCUUCAAUUUAUAUGUAUUUUUGUAAAUUUGUUAUAUUGUUAUACUUAAAUUUAGCUGGAAUGAGAAACAAUAAUAGAAGGACAGUCUUACUAAAUAAGUCGAAUGGUGAGAUGACUGUCGCAAUUGGUUACAUAAAUUUACAUUCCAUUAAGAUCCUUUGCAGUAAUUGCACAGUUAACGCCAGUCGAUAAUGGAACUUAAUGAAGACUUUACAAUUUGAACGCUUUGAACCCUGGCCAGAACACAACACAAAAUAUGUUGCUACAAUAACAUACAAUUGAUUGAAUUAAACAAUCUACUUAUGAACACAACUUGAGUGCGAUGCACACAUAAAGCAGCCACUAUGCUGUUCCAAGUGACUAAAUGCAAAUCAAAGUAUAAUGCCUCUGACUUUGUAACGUCGCCACUGAAGUGGCAUGGAACGGGGGACCGCAGUCCUCCGUCCUGCAGCACGAGCGUCCCUGUAUGUGUGGACGCUCAUAUUGCAAAGUAUUCGCAAGCUAUCGCCCAGUGCGGUACGCACUUUAUAAUUAUACAUUUAAACAUUUAUAUAAUUAUUGCUUGCUUAUUAAAUAGACACCAUGUUAGCGUUUAGAAUUUUAACUUCAAUGUAUUUUGAUUUGUUUAAGAAUUAUGUAUAACAAGCAUGUAAAAGAUAAUAAUCUUAUAAUAUGGGAGAUAAUAAGUUCAGAAUAUAACAUUCAUUUUAUCACUGGAAGGUAAUCUUAGAUUCGUAACAUUGACAUUCUAUUUCAAUUGUUAAGAUCCCUUGUUAUUCUCCAUUUUCAUGUUAUACAUUAACACAACUUUAAAACUAGAUAUGGAGGUAGUAGAUUUUAUUUUUUUCUCUUUUAAAUCCAUUAUUCACUAUAGUUUUAGAUUCUCAACAAUAUGAUACCUUUUACUAUCUACAUUAUAUAAAUUUGUUUGCUGACAAAGGUCAUGAUUAUCAACAUAUAAUAAUAAUCGAAAUAUAUUAGAAUACUUGUCAUGUAAAACAUACAUUUUUCGUAAUUGAAGUAGCAAAUGUGGAACUGUGGCUUUUUGAAAACACUUAUAACUAAGGAACCUACGUACGUAAAACUGCUAUGUAAAAAUUUAAAUAUUGUUCACUAAUUUAGUUUAUGGACACAAAAAUAUUGGAUGAAAUUAAAUUGUAAACAGUUGUAUUUGUCUUCAAAUAAAACGUUCCAUUAAUAUUAA